AUGCCUACCGGCGACCGAACACUAGACAAUGACGACAAGCCUCGUCAAAAAUCGGCACAUCUUCAGACAUUUACAGCAUUCUUAAAGGACGACAAACGGACAGGGAAUAUGGUUAACGUUUCUGUUAUUUUCUGUUUGUGGUUGUCUCGUCUGCUUGAUGUGACAGAUGCAGUGAAGACGAUAUCAGUGAUGAAUGGGCAUUUCGUCACUUUAAAACCUGGUGUUACUGAAGUACAGAAAUAUUUCUUUAUACAGUGGAUGUUCGAAAGUACAAGAAUAGCGGAAUUCAACAAGAUGAGGCAAACCAGCUCGAUCUAUGAUAGUCCUGAUGGGAGAUUCAGAGACAGGCUGAAGCUGGAUCACACCGGAUCUCUGACCAUCACUAACACCAGAACCACAGACUCUGGACUUUAUCAACUUACACUUGGCGGCACAGAGACCAGAUACCAGAGAUUUAACCUUACGGUCCAUAAUUCUCCACACACUACACCAUCAACGGAAAGAUGGGCACAUUUUGGGACGCUUGCGGUGGACAAUUCAACCAUCAAUCAAACUGAGAAAAACAACAAUACUGAGGUUCAUCAUCAAAGUUCAGACAAAACCCACUGUUGUGGUCACACCGGCUGUGAUCCGAUUGGCUCUCUCUCUGCUUUGGUGGGCGUGGCCACUGUUGCUGUGCUGGUUUAUGAUGUCAGAUCCACAAAAAGUGAGCUCAAUAGAACAGAAGACACUAGACGUCACCUCCAGACUCUUGUGAAAUCAGAGCAGCAGUGUGAAUUGAGCGGAACGAUAAUUUGCGAUUAUGUUGAUAUGUUGCCCUGCGGCUGA